AACUACAGUUCUCCACUUCAGUUCACUAGUUGCAUUGUGUUACGUGAUUAUGAGCAAUUGAGGCAAUGGAGGAGGUGGUUGUUCUCAUCAUCGGUGCGGGGCCGGCAGGCCUAGCGACGGCAGCAUGCCUCACAUUGCAACAUGUCGCCUAUGCCAUUAUUGAGCGUGAGUCAUGCACCGCAUCGUUAUGGCGCCACCGUACCUAUGACCGCCUCAAAUUGCACCUCGCCAAGGAAUUCUGCGAGUUGCCACACAUGGCGUAUCCCUCUGGCACGCCGACAUACGUCCCCAGGGAGAGUUUUGUGGAAUACCUAGACAGCUACACUGACCGAUUUGGGAUCCAACCAAGGUACGAUACCUCUGUCGAGUCAGCAACAUAUGAUCAAGGAAAGAAGCAUUGGGCUGUGCUAGCACAGGACACUGACACCGGUGUUGUAGCAAGACUCACUGCACGGUUCCUCAUCAUGGCCACCGGUGAGAAAAGCGCAGCAAGCAUUCCACUAGUCCCUGGCCUCGCCGGGUUCGAGGGAGAAGCUAUCCACUCAUCAGCGUACAAAUCCGGGAAUGGCUAUACUGGGAAGAGUGUGCUUGUUGUUGGUGCCGGGAACUCUGGCAUGGAGAUCGCCUACGACCUUGCCACACAUGGCGCCCACACCUCCAUAGUUGUUCGCAGCCCGGUACACAUAAUGACAAAAGAACUAAUACGUUUUGGGAUGACAAUGGUGCAAAAUCUAGGCCUAUCAGUGACAAUUGUGGACCCUCUUCUUGUAAUGGCAGCAAAAUUAAUUUUUUGGGACUUGUCAAAGCAUGGAAUUAUGAGGCCUAAAAUGGGCCCUCUCUUACUGAAGUCACAAACUGGCAAAUCUGCUGUCAUUGAUGUCGGCACUGCAAAAUUAAUCACUAGAGGAGUUAUCGACGUGCUCGAAGGAAUAUUGAAGAUAAAUGCAAACAAUGUUGAAUUUCAUUGUGGGAGGCAAAUUCCAUUUGAUGCCAUUGUGUUUGCCACGGGCUACAAAAGCACAGUUAAUACAUGGCUAAAGAAUGGUGAAAGCAUGUUUAGAAAUGAUGGUUUUCCCAAGAAAAAAUUUCCAAAUCAUUGGAGAGGUGAAAAUGGGCUCUAUUGUGCUGGGUUUGCAAGGAGAGGAUUGGUCAGUAUUGCCAUGGAUGCCAAGAAUAUUGUUGAUGACAUCAGAGCCACCAUGUAUCAAGUGUCUUGCUAAAUUUGGUUCCUUUUGUUUCCAAAGGAUGGUUAAAUUAGCUUAAACAUGGAGAUAAGGAAUGACUAUGUUUGGACAACUUAUGCCUAUUAAAAUCCAACUUUGUUAUGCAAAACUAGUGGAAAUAACUCGAUUGGCUUAUUUAGAAGCUAUUGUAGAAUCCUUCCAUUUAUAAUAGCUUGCCUCUUUAUGGAAAAGGUGAAAGAUAAGUGUAUCAAACAGGGACCUAAGUACUUUGUUCCUUUAUUGAUACGGCUUGUGUCUUUGU